AUGAGCAAAAGUGCAGUAGGUUUCCUCGUAGAAUACCUGGAAAAUUUGGAAACAUUAGUUUUAUCUGAUACAGUGUCCUUGGCUGGCACUAGCUGCUUCUCUGCUAUGAAGCACCGAGCACACAUGGAUGGAGAUGUGAUGAUCGCUGGGUUUUUCCCUCUCUACGCUUUGGGAAUCGAUCGUAGUAAUAGCGAUUCUUCCAGGCAAGAAGACCACACACCAUGCUCAUUAUGCAGGUUUGUCUUCAAGAACUAUCAGUUUGUGUUGGCUUUGGCUUUUGCUAUUGAAGAGAUCAACAAAGACCCUCAUAUUUUACAUAACUUGACGCUGGGAUUUGAUGUCUAUGAUGUUCAAUUUGGAGCUUGGAGAGUAUUUAAGAAUCCCUUCAUUUGUCUCUUCGGGAAGCAUAAGAUUCCAAAUUACUCCUGCAUGAGAGACAGCAAGUCUACAGCAGUGCUAACAGGACCAUUAGGAGUAACAUCUGCUCACAUUGGGACAUUGCUGCAACUCUACAGAUUUCCACAGUUUACCUUUGGGCCUUUUGAUCCUGCCCUCUGUGACCAUCACAAGUUUCCUUCUCUCUAUCAGAUGGCCCCAAAGGACACAUCAAUAUCCACUGCCAUGGUCUCCUUAUUGCUUCACUUCAGCUGGAACUGGGUAGGAAUUUUAACCUCACAAGAUCAGGAUGAUUUGUGGAUUCUUCCUGAAUUGAAAGAAGAAAUGACCAAGAAUAGAGUUUGUGUAGCCUAUGAGCUACUGAUAUCAAGCAAUGGCAUGUUACAUAUCAUCAAAAUCAUGGCAGUUUAUAACAAGAUAAAUAAAUCUUCAGCAAAUGUCCUCAUCAUAUAUGGUGACAAUGAAUCACUAUUAGAUUUAAUGAUGUUUAUUGAGCAACUUUUAAUAAAAGGCAAAGUUUGGAUCAUGAACUCACAGUGGGAUUUAAAAACAAGGAGAUAUUUCAUGCUAGGCUCAUUCCAUGUUCCUCUUAUUUUCUCACACCAUCAUGCAGAUGUUUCUGGAUUCACAGAUUUUAUCAAGGCAGUUCAUCCUUCCAAAUACCCAGAAGACUUUUUUCUUGCAAAGCUGUGGUUUCUCUCUUUUAAUUGUUCAGAUGCUGAUCCUGACUGUAUAGUAUGGGACAGCUGUUCUCAUGAUGCCUCCUUGGAUUGGUUGCCUAGGCACAUUUUUGACAUCACCAUGUCUGGAGAUAGUUACAAUAUAUACAACACUGUGUAUGCUGUGGCUCAGGUUCUCCAUGAGAUGCUUCUUCAUCAAACAGAAGUUCAAACAAUAGGAAAUAGAAAGUGGACAGUGCCUUCCCCUGCACAGCUGCACCCUUUUCUGAAAAACAUCCAAUUUUACAAUCCUGCUGGAGACCAAGUGAUUUUGGAUGAGAAAAGAAAAUUGGAGCCAGAGUAUGACAUUCUGAACAUUUGGAAUUUUCCAGAAGGUCUUCAACUGGAAGUGAAAGUAGGAAAGUUUUCUCCAUAUGCUCUCCACGGUAAUCAACUGUCUUUAUCUGAAGAUAUGGUAGAGUGGGCCAUAGGAACUACAGAGACUCCCCGCUCUGUCUGCAGUGAGAGUUGUGGUCCUGGAUUCAGAAAAUCUCCUCAGGAAGGAAAGGCUGCCUGUUGCUUUGAUUGUAACCCUUGCCAACAGAAUGAGAUUGCUAAUGGGACAGAUAUGGAGCAAUGUGUGAAGUGUGCUGAUCAUCAGUAUGCCAACACACACAGAAAUCAGUGCCUCCUGAGAGAUGAAAGUUUCCUAGCUUUUGGAGAUCCUUUGGGCAUGGCUCUGGCCUGCAUGGCUCUCUGCUUCUCCUUGCUAACCACUACUAUUCUGGGGAUAUUUGUGAAACACCAAGACACUGCCAUUGUCAAGGCCAAUAACCAGACUCUCAGCUACAUUCUGCUCAUCUCCCUCAUUUUCUGUUUCCUCUGUUCCUUGCUCUUUCUUGGACGUCCCAACACAGUCACCUGCAUCCUGCAGCAGAUCACAUUUGGGGUUGUCUUCACUGUGGCUCUUUCCGCAGUACUGGCCAAAACGGUGACUGUGGUUCUGGCCUUCACUGCCAUUUCUCCAGGGAGAAGGAUGAGGUGGCUGCUGGUAUCAGGGGCUCCUAACUUCAUCAUUCCCAUCUGCACCCUCAUCCAGGUGACUCUCUGUGGACUCUGGCUGGGAACCUCUCCUCCCUUUGUGGACACAGAUGCACACUCUGAACAUGGCCACAUCAUCAUCCUGUGCAACAAGGGCUCCCUCACUGCCUUCUACUGUGUCCUGGGAUACCUGGGCUCCCUGGCCCUGGCCAGUUUCACCCUGGCUUUUCUGGCCAGGAACCUGCCUGACACCUUCAAUGAAGCCAAGUUCCUGACCUUCAGCAUGCUGGUGUUCUGCAGUGUGUGGCUCACCUUCCUGCCUGUCUAUCACAGUGCCAAGGGGAAGGUCAUGGUGGCUGUGGAGGUCUUCUCGAUCUUGGCCUCUGGUGCAGGGCUCCUAGGCUGCAUAUUUGCCCCAAAGUGUUACACCAUCUUGUUAAUGUCAAAUAAAAAUUGUCUGCAUGGUUUCAGGGAUAAAAGACUUAGUAGGAGAAAUAAACAUUCUUAA